AUGAAAGAAAGCCAACUGCAUCCAGGGAGGAUCGUUCUCGAAGUGCAAACCAAACAGUGUACCCCAGCCCAGAAGAAGGCCGAUGACUUGCAUGUGCAGGAAGUUAUCAAUGCUCAGGCAACUGCUAUCCAGCAGGCUCAUGCCCAAGUCAGCAAGAUGGAGACUGCCAUGGAGGCUGGGCAGGUCAUCCAAGACACUGCCAAAGCAAAGCCAGUCAGACUGAGACAGGUGCCUGCCAGUAGCAGGUCUACAAAUACACCCAUCCAACCUUGCAUUGAAGAUACUCACCAGAGAAUUGGUCCUCCUGUUGCAAUGGAGGCCAGACAGGCAAUCCAAGUCACUGCUAAAGUGAAAUUAUCAACCUCUGUCCCUUCCUUGACAAGCAGAGCUACUACCACCAUCAACUCCAAUGCAAACCUAGCAUACCAGGGAAAGAUGCCUGUGCCAACCCACAAUGUGGAUGAAGAGGAAUUAGAAGACCAACUGGCUUUCCCUGUCAAGGUUGUAGGUCAUGACAAAUUCAAGGUGGUCACAAGCAUGGCUAAUGAUGUAGAGAGCAACAAUGAAUUCAGUCAGCUCAUUUUCAAGGAGGUGCAGGCUAGCUCGAAGCACAAGCAUUUGGAUUGUGAUGAUGCUGACUAUGUCACCUCAUAUGAGGUUGAGGACUUUGAUGAUGAAUACUUUGACAUUGAGGAUUAUAAUUUGAACUCUUGUAUGUUGCCUGCUAAGGAAUUGUGUGUCAUGAUGACCAAUAAUGGAGUGGACAAACCAAAGAAAUCAAAGGUCAACAGGGAUGUGGACCAAGAACCACAACAGACAAGCACCACAGAAGUGGGCAAGUUGUGGACAAAAGCCAUCAUACCCACUCUCCUUGUGUGGGCUGGAAGCUUAGCUGACCCUUGGACAAUCUCAGAUGAUGAACUCAUAUGGUCACUGCAAAUCAUUAUCCUAACUAUUGCCCCAGAUUUUGAGGACCUGAAUGACAUUUGUCCUGGGAUGGCAAUCUUUAAUACUUGGCACAGCAACUUUGGAUCCAUUGCAAUUACUCUUAUCACUCACUUCCUUGUCUCAGAUCCAGAAAUUGGCAUGCUGUCUCUUGCCCAGGCUCAGGAGCUCUGUUCUAAGCUGUUGGAAGGCUUCACAUUUUUAUAUGUAGACCAAGAUUCUCACAAACCAGAGAACAUUUUCCAGUCAUACUUCAUAUUAUUCCUCCUUGGCCACAUGCAUCUGUGA